AUGUUUAACAGAUCUUAUUGCCUCAUUUUUUGCAACCACUCGAUACUUUUGAUUGAUCUAUUAAACUAUUUCUUACCAAUCAACUCAGAGUGUAUCGAUCAAGGAUCACAUUAUCCUGAAAAUUUCGUUUGGAUUCAAGAUGAUCAUUUCAAUGUGACAUGCAGGAAAGGUAAAAUUGAGGUAUUGAACUGUGUAAGCGAUCGCGGAACUUUGAUACCUCUUAUGACGCCAUCAUUUUGGGAAAACGAUAUCGAAUAUUCUUGUAUGGAUGACGAGAUCAAAAGUGAGGAAGGAUCGGGAGAAGAGGACAUUCAUAAAUGUAAUGGCCAAGAAGAAUACUAUCACAAUCAUUUUGUUAUUUCAUGUAUCACAAAUAAAUUCAUAGCAUGCUUAGAUAAAAAUGGUGAUACCUUGAAAGAAGGACUUUUUCUGCUGGAACACAAACAGCUCAAGAACUGUCACAUUUAUAAUAGUGGCAAAAGAGCCAGAAUUGAAAAUAAAGGUUGCUUUAAUGGAACAGAGUAUGAUGAUAUUAUGGAUGAAUCUUUGCAUAUCAAAAAAUACGCAAUUUGGAGCGAAGGUAAUUAUGAUAUGCGCUGUGGUGACAUUGGAAUACACAUUUACAGAUGUCACUUAGGUAACGAUAAGAAAAUACAUGCAGGAACAGCGUGGAUCGAUGGAACCGGUACGAUACAUGUUUGUGGAGAAUGA